UGUCGGCCGCCUCCGAAGACAGUCAGCCUGCUCGGUAAUUUAUAAGUGCAAGCUCUGCACAGUCAGCCUCAACGUCUUUGCGCAAGAUGAAGAGCUUCCUGUUGCUUGCCCUGUUCUGCGCUGCUGCUGCCGCAUUGCCGGCCUUCGAGUCACCCAGUGAAGUCGACGAUGUCAUCGUCGAAGGCUCCAAAGCGUUCUCUCUUCUUCUGCCCGCCGUCGCGCUGCCUUACGCCGUAGCGUUAAUCGCCGUCCUGGUUCCCCUGGCCAAGGCCUUUGUCUUGGGUACCAUGAACGUGCUGAAUCUACCCUUCGAAGUGCUGGUGGCCCUCUAUCUCCUCCUGUACGUCGCCAUGUUCACGUUCCCGCAGCUGGCGUCUCUACUGAAAGUGACCUCUGUUUUCACGGCGAGGUCCGAAUCGGCAAGGACGCCACGAGCAGCCGAAGAACCGCACUUGCCUGCUGUGGAAGCCGUGAUGGACUGGGCGCGGAAUUACGUACCCCAGUGGUGGCUGGCGGCCAUUAGGACCACUGAAGCUCCAGUAGUGACCACGACUUCUGAGUCGACAACGACGGUGGGCGUGUCGACGAUCACCGCGACUGCCAAGCCCACCUCCAGUUCGACGAAGACUUCGACGAACGGAGAGCCGGUUGUUUCACCACCGGCCCCCGAAGCGCCCGCGGCUGUGACGUCAGCGAAACGCUCGGGAUCCACAAAUGCACCGAGUACAUCUUCCAAGUGCUCCUCCUUCCAAGUGUGCCAGUCAACUGCGAGACUCGUGAAGGAUUAUCCCAUGAGCGCCAUGCUCGUGGGCUAUCUAAGCCAUUUCCUCGAGGGGCUCAAGUUCGAGCGUGCCGUCCGCGAAGGAAUGGCCGGGCUGGACUGCACCUUAAUCUAUCCGCGCUGUCGUUGAGCGGGAUGACCGCUGCCUCAUCCGUGAGACGUUUGCUGAAAAC